CACGUUCCGCCAGCGUUUGCAGGAAAUGUAAAUGGUCCGCUGACUUGCUUUGAGACGGGUUCUCCGUCUUCUUCUUCCUCUGUCGAGACUCGACAUUCAAAUUUGCAAGGGACUACUGAAUGUCACACUUAAGUGACACACGGAUAGCUUCAGUGCAGUCCCAGGUGAACCAAUAUGCGGAAGAGGCGUCCUCGCUGCCUCCUUCUCCAGACCAGAUCGUCCACGAGGAACAUGCCCCAGCUCCUCCUCCCCAGGUUUCUCCAUCUGAGGCGUCUCACUCGGACUCUGGAUUCAGUUUAUCAUCUAGCUCCUCCGGGGAGGUAAGUUUCUAUUGAUCCAAGACACGUGUAGUGGAGUGGCGGUCAUAAUCACCUAAACCCUGUUCUCGUUGUUCUCGAUUAAUAUAUGUGUUCUCGAGGAACUGCACGAUCCUGACAUUCGUCUGGGAUGCUUCAGGUUACUGGGACUCCCUUUGAUUUUGGGACACAGCGCUAUGAAUACCCCUUCCCUCCCACUCAAGGUACAUCAAGCGAUCCAUAUUUACCACUUUCUUCAUCAAUUACAAUCACAUCUCCAUCCAACUCCAUCUGGCCUUUGUGGCCUGCACAAGUCACAAAAUCUUUCCCUCUCACUCCCCCUCCCCCCAGGAAAGUCAGGACCCAUCCGAAGUUGCGAUCGGUGGCUGCGCGAGAACCACCCGUUCCGCCUAGCCUAGCGAAUAAACGUAGUUUCUGGAGCCUGAGCCUGCAACGCCAGGUCUCUGCAGAAAGUCAACAAAGCGACUUUAGCGACACCCAAACACGCGGCCGGAGGCUUCCUCCUGGCGGUGUGGGGUUUACCGAGGCAGACGCCUAUUCCGCGUCUGAACCGGAAAUCACUGUGCGCCGUCGUCAGCCUUCAGCAUAUGCCGUGUAUGCUUCUGGCUCUAGGAUGGAUCCAAAUGGGGGAACAGGCAAUCAAAAUGAGUUGAUAACAUGUGGCGGUCGUGCGCCAGAAGUACCGGUUGCGGGUGGACCAGUCUCUGGUCAUGGGCCCAAUGGUGGCCAUAACAAACUUGACGUCGGUCUUCACUCGCAUACAUCAUCAGGGGCACAUUUGCUUACUGAAUAUCGUCCUAUCAGCUGCGGCCAGGGAAUGCGCCAAAUCGGGGCAAUGUACAAAACUCGUCUGUCGGCGAGGUUUUAAGAAUAGUCGCCGGUCGACGUAGGUGAUGAUUCUUUUUUCACUGAACUUUGUGACGGAUUUGACAUCAGUUUUGAAUUGGGUUUUACGCUUUUUCUUGGGUUCUUGAGGUCCUGGCGGAGGACAUAGCUAUCAGCACUUUGGUACGUGUUUUAUUAUUUCCAUUGGAUCUUCAAGCUUAGCCAGUCCUAGAUGUAACAAUCUAUCAUCAACAUCUAUUGUUGCAUAUCACAUCUACUAAAUCAUCCACAUUUCACGAAUUCACUCAUCGUGAUAGAAGACUUGUACACGCGCGAUAUUCCUACUUUUUUGCUACUUACUCUCAUGCAUAUCAU